UCUGUUCCUCUUUCUCUCUCUUCGGUACUCUCGACAACAGACAGUCUCUCUCUUCUGUUUUUUUACACAAGCCCAGACCGCCAGAGGCUCUUUCGGUUUAAUUGAUGGUUAGGGUUUCUUAGUCAUCUCUUCUUUGCUGUUAGGAUGUUGCUGGAAAAUCCUCCUUCGCUGCUGGGAGCACUCAAUUCCAAUCUUAAGGAACAUUUGGUGCCACUUAUGGCUUGAUUCAAUAGGUUUUUUCUUCUCUACGUGGUGGCAGUUUUGAUAUGGAAAUGUAUGAUGUUUCUGAAACUAGAAACCCAGAUUCUUACUUGCAAUGUUUUAUUACUUUACUUGUAGAUUGAAGGUGCUGUUUUAAACUCACAUUUGAGGAGCCCAAAUCUUGAGCAAUCUGAAGUCAUGUACAACGAAGGAGUCCCUGAAUUUGUUGUUGAUCAGAAUAUGUAUUACCCUGCUGCCACCAAUUAUGGGUAUUACUGUACAGGAUUUGAACCACCCGGGGAAUGGGAGGACCACAAUAGGAUUUUUAGCGCAGAUGGUCCUGAUAUCCAGUAUACGGGUGCUCAGAAUGAAAGUAUGCCUUAUGUAUAUUAUACACCUAAUUAUGGAUAUGCACAGUCUCCAUACAAUCCUUACAAUCCUUACAUUCCUGGUGCUAUGAUAGGAGUUGAUGGCCCCUUUGGGGGGGCACAUCAGUAUUAUACCCUCCCCAAUUAUCAAAACCCUGUUUCUUCACCUGCUUACAUUCCUCUUGUUGUUCAACCGGACAUUUUUCCAGAUAGUUCUGUUGACUCCGCGUUUGAUACUGGUGCUUCUGGAGGUAGAUCUGAUGGAAGAGGUUUGAAACAUAAGUUCAAUUCAGCUUCUGGUGCUGUUAAUAUGAACUCUCCAAAAUAUUUAUCAAAUCAGGCAAGUUCCUUGACCAGGAUAUCAGAAGGCCCUAGAGCUAAUGCAAGUGGGAAGCAAGCUGUGACACAUGGUGGUGUUUCUGGCGGUGGUUUUCUCAACUUGGCUUCACCAGUUCAUCAGGCUAGAGGUGCUGGUGCCUCAAUCCAAUCUGUAGAUAAUAUUUCAAAUGAGAACGCUUUAUCUCAUCAUAAUCAAUUGAAAGUGGCUCUUCCUUCAAAUACCGGAUCUUCUGAUUUUGGUUCCAGUGCUAAUGGGCAAUCUGCUGUCGGUAAAUUUAGACCAAAGAUUCACAUUGGCAAAGUGCCAAGUGAUGUAAAUGGAAGUUCUGAUGCUUUGGGUGAACAAAAUCGAGGUCCUAGGAUCAAUAAAUCAAAGCAUCAAUUGACUGUGAAAGCCUAUACAACCAAGGCAGGAGACAGUAAUGCACAGGGGAACAUCACCAUCUAUACAGAUCAGUAUAACAAGGAUGAUUUUCCUCUUGAAUAUGAAAAUGCCAAGUUCUUUGUCAUAAAGUCAUACAGCGAGGAUGAUGUUCACAAAAGCAUUAAAUAUAAUGUCUGGUCAUCAACACCUCAUGGAAACAAGAAACUGCAGAGUGUUUAUGAAGAUGCAAAGAAAAUAGCUGGGGGAAAAACUGGAGGCUGUCCUAUUUUUUUGUUUUUUUCUGUUAAUGCCAGUGGACAAUUCUGUGGUGUUGCAGAGAUGGUAGGCCCAGUUGACUAUAAUAAGGAUAUGGACUUUUGGCAGCAGGAUAAAUGGAGUGGCAGCUUCCCUGUAAAGUGGCACAUCAUCAAAGAUGUGCCGAAUGCAAAUUUUAGGCACAUUAUACUUGAGAACAAUGAGAACAAGCCAGUGACUAAUAGUAGAGAUACACAAGAGAUAAUUUACAAAAAAGGUUUGGAAAUGCUGAAGAUAUUCAAAAAUCAUAAUUUGAAGACAUCUUUGCUUGACGACUUUAUGUAUUAUGAAAAUCGUCAGAAGAUCAUGCAGGAAGAGAAAGCCAAAUUACUUAUGAGAAGUUUUGAGGGUCCAUUGUUCAUACCAACAUUGGAACCACCCCGGAAAUUAAAUUUUGUUGUUGAGACACCUCCUGGCAAAGAAGAGAAGAUUUCUAAGCUAAUUGAUGAUUCAAAUGGAUUUAAUGAGACUUCAGAUUCAAGCCCUGGGCAGAUUGUUAGUAAUCUUGAUGUCAACGGUCCACAAUCUGUAGAUGACAAAGCUGAUAAAAUUGCAGUUGACACUGGAGAUAUUUCCUCUACAUUGAAGAUUGGUUCAGUCACCAUCACCCCAAAACCGGUUGAUCCUAAGCCCCCUGCGGUUGGUGUUGCUAACAAAGAACCAGCUGAUGUUCUAACAGUUGGCUCAAUGCAAGUCAAAGUGAACGGGUAUGCCGGUUCAUCUGGGAUUUUGAAGGUUGGGAGUAUCCCACUUGAUCCAAGAGCGUUACAACUGGAUAAAGGAGGAUCUUCUGUUAAGACUGCAUCCCAGCGUUAAUGUUGGGCCAUAACGAUGCCUAUACCUUGUUUGAAAAUGAAUUAACGUCUGUCUGGUCCAUGCCUUACAAGUGCUAAAUACUUUGUCAAAAGAGAAAAAAAAAAAAAACAGAAAAGAGAAGUGUCUGGAAGUUGAGUUUCUUUUCCAUCUUUUGAAAUUUGUCUUCCUUUUCUGGUUCAGUCCCCACCAUUGCCUCUUACUACGUCAUUCUGAUGCCAAAGGGCUGGGCUCAUGGUGGUGCUGCUGCCUCUGAAGCGGGUAUGAUGUAGUGUAACCUCUUGCGUUUUUACCUUUCUGCAGUCAAGAUACAAGUGAAUCUAUUGUUUCUUUUUGCUGCUGUUUCGUCCAAAGCCAUACUUCGAAGUCAGUUUGAAUUUUCUGUAACUUGCGACUCUGUGCCCACCCAUUUGCAAGAUUAUCAUUCUGUUUAUUCUCUAAAUUUACCUUACAUUGGUUUGCUUAAGGUGACUGAAUGUAAUGGAGGAGGGAUUUAUUUUGAAGAAUUUAACAGUGUUUCUUCUUUUAUGUUUAUUCUAA